CACCAGCGAAACACCUAAAACAAUGAGAAUGAGGCAAGCAGGAUCCACUUUGAGAAACGACAGAGGACCUUCCAUUCUUACAGGUAGGAUUUGGGCCCCCAAUCAAGUUAGUACCUGACAUUGGGUCGAAAGGUCAAAAAGGGUUAGUGAGAAGUUUGGUAAACAAGGCCAUAAAUGCAAAUCCUUUGUUUUGACACGGCUUUAAAUUUCAAGUUUGUGCAAACAUGUCUAAUCGGAUCUUGUUUACAUUUAUUGAAAAUAGUGGUAAGGUUAAUGGCUGGCAUAAUCCUGCCGUGGAUCGGAAUACGUGAGUGCGCAGUUUUGAUGUAAGCAGUAUAGGGCAACUCCAGCUAGAAAGUGGUUCCCAGCGGCAGGAUAAUGGAGAAACUAGUUGGGAUCUACCACGGAUACGCCCAGCUCAUUGGCCUGACAUCCUACAGGAUAGUCGGAGGCGAAUUGAAGAAAUCAAGGAUGACCGAGGCAUAUGUCCUGGCAUGGAACAUAGGAACUGUCUUUAUUUUGGCUUGGAUGGCUUGGAGUGCUGGGUAUGAAGAUAUAAAGGAAAUGAUGAUGGCGUCCUUGUUUCCGGAAAUGAUGUCUAUAAUUCCAUUAGUUGUCUAUUCGGUUAACUAUGCAGUCAUAGUGUAUAUUCUGAUAUCGCGCCCGUAUCGGGAUAGUAUGUUAUAUGAUUUGAUGGACAUUACCAAUCAGUUAAGUCGCAAAAUGGCGCUGGCUGGAAGGAAAACGAACUUAAAACUAAAGAAACUGCUAUAUUUGAAGUCGUUUGCCCUCACCUACCUUACGCUGGGAUCUUUCAUAUCACUUUUAUUUCUAAAAAAAGGAUAUUUUGAAGUAACUUUAAUGGGCAUAGCUUACAGCAUCCUAAACGUCAGCAACUACUUUUACUUCACGUCCUUUUGGCAAAUAGUCAGAGGAUAUGACUUUGUAGAUCAAGAGAUCAAAAACCUUACCACCACAAAAUCAGGAAGUCAUGUUGAGAAUUUCGAGGAGGAACUACGAGAUCUGUGGUCCUUUCAUUGGACUCUCAGUCGAAUGGCCAGCAGAAUAAGUCGAGUCUAUGGAGUCCAGAUGAUCGUCUCGCGCACUGAAUACGUUCUAUUCUCUGUUGUAUUUGGCUACGUGGGAAUAAUUUGCAUGUUCCAAGGAUUGAGUCUGAAUAUACUUCAUGUGGGUCUAAUAUACCUUGUUCGGACCUUGGACUUCUUCCUUAUCGAUGUCAUAUGUGACAUGACCGCACGUUACCAGAAUCAGCCGAAACACGAACUCGUCGAAGGAGAAUUGAACCAGAAGGCGCUAAGUGCAUAUCUGAUCUAUGAGAGCAGCAUGAGACUGGAUUUGAAGGUAUGCGGACUUUACUUUUCCAACAGAGGCAGGUGGCUUGAAAUGAUGGGUGCUAUUGCUUGCCAUGCUACAUUGUUGCUUCAGUUUCAUUUGACGCUAAGUAAAUGAGAUCAAAUUAAGUGUAGUGCAUAUAAUAUAUAUAUUUUUUUUAAUA